CAAAACUAAGAAACCAUAAAAUGGGGCAAACUUCACUGACUUUGUGGGUCUGUCGAGCUUCAGUUCUUCGAUCCAAAUGCCUGCACUACGAUGCAAUACAUUCCUUUUGGAUUGCACAUUCCGGACAUUAAGAAGCGCUUUGCAAUCCACCAUGCUGUCAAAAGAUACAUUGAAGCUGGCCAUCACGACAGUGUUAUCAGAAGCGGGUGCCGCAUUCGGGACAUAACUCCUCCGAAAAGAAUACGAUGCAAGAAAAUCAUACCUGGUCCCCAUCAUCAUCCUGUUCCUCAGAGAAGUGUGAUCACUGGAAAACUCGGGCCUAAAGAUAACAUCAUACCUCCUCGCUGCGCUCUUGGUCCUCAGUUACUCUCUCCCGGCGGACACUACAACGAAGAUGUCAUCGAUGGCAGAUUCAUCCCGAAACAACUAAAACCUGACAAGAUCACGAUAGGACACCAGCAAUUCAAGAAGGAAGAAGUUAAAGACAACUUCUUCAACGUUCACCUGGUAGAACUCCGUGCGAGGAAAGUUUUCUAAAGCCUUUUCUCUCGUUUUCUUGUUCCUUGUCACACAGGCUCGCCAAGAUCACGCAACGUAUAAGCUCCGGACGCACGCAGCAUUGACAGAGUUUUUGUACGAGGCCAAAGAUCGAGCGGGCGAAGUUUUUAACAAGGACGAAUUCUCCAAAGUAAGGCCCAGCACUGCUCCAGCGGCGUCGCCGGCAAAAGCUCUUAAGAAGUGAAAGCUUUCGAACAAGCAAGAGAGAGCUUUCAUUCAAAGAAUUUUGGAAUUUUUGUUUAGCGUCUACGAUUAAUGUAGUCACAGCCAGAAUAUCCCUUUCGCCGGCGUGAAAUAUGCCUAGAGGAUAUUCUGACAGGUUUUGUGUAUAUUCUGUUAGAUAUUACGGCUAUGGUUUUCCUCGUUUGAUGAAUCAAGAACGCGCCUCGCUCGAUCGAUGGCGAUGCGCUCGGCGCUCAUCGGAAUCCUAGCGGCAUUAUUUCUUUUCCCGCAGGCAUCGAUCGGCGCCAGCGCCAGCAGCAGGCACUCGCAAGACGGCAGGAAUUCGUCAUCGAAAUGCUUCCCGCUGCUCUUCUCUUUCGGCGAUUCUCUCACGGAUACAGGCAAUGCGCAGCGGAUCUUCCCAUUCGAGCAGAACAGAGCCAGCCAUUCCCCAUACGGGAGGACGUUCUUCGGCCGGCCGCGCGAUCGCUUCUCCGACGGGAGGCUGAUGAUUGAUUUCAUAGCGGAGGCGCUGGGAUUGCCAUUCUUGUCCCCGUAUGUGCAAGCGGUCGGAUCCAGCUUCCAGCACGGGGUAAAUUUCGCGACCUCUGGAGCUACGGCCACCGACAUCACAUUCCUCGUCCCUCACACGCUGGGCGUCCAGUGCUACUGGCUCAAGAAAUUCAAGGUCGAGGUCCAGGACGCGCGCAGCAAUCCGGUAAACACCGCCCUCUUGCCGGAUCUCAACUCCUUCAGCAAGGCGCUCUACGUGGUCUUCAUUGGAGGCAACGAUUACAACGCUCGCCUCUUCGUCUACAACAUGACGAUCGAUCAGCUCUUCGAUGCGGUGCCGGUCGUGGUGGAUGAAAUCGGUAAAAGAAUCGAGGAUCUCUAUGCGGAAUCGGCCAGGAAUUUUCUCAUCGUCAACGUACCUCCAGUCGGUUGCACGCCGGAGCUGCUAACCUUCUUCAAUCACGUCGACACAAAUCCGGAGGACUACGACUCCGCCGGCUGCUUUACCCCAUACAACGCGGUCCUGGAAGCGCACAACGAUGUGCUCAUGGACGCAGUGAAUCGGCUGCGAAACGUCCAUCCAGACGGGCUCUUCGUCUACGCAGACUACUACCGGAUCACCGGAGACAUCCUACGCGAUCCACAAAACUACGGGAUGGAGGACGUGAUCCACGCUUGCUGCGGCACCGGGGGCCGCUACAACUUCAACGUCUCGUCGCAGUGUGGAUCCAACAGCGUCGUCAAUGGCCUGCCUUUCACGCCGCCGUCCUGCCCCAACCCCGCCGCGGCUGCCAACUGGGACGGCGUCCAUCCCACCGAGGCGUUCACCAAGAUCAUCGCAUCGUCCUUCCUCCAGGGCCGCUACAUCGAGCCCCACGACGCAUUUGAUCACUGCCAUUUCGACUUUAGCAACUUCUAAGCUUUCCCGGGUACGUUGUUUC